AUGGGUUUCGAGAAAGAUGAAGCAAGUACAUCCUCCAAUGUCCUCAGUGUUCCCAGAGAAGACACUCCACUGAUGUCCAAGAAUGAAAACCAUUUAUCUUCACGCCCUAAGACCUUUGCUAAUGUCUUCAUAGCCAUAGUUGGAGCUGGGGUCCUUGGCCUCCCCUAUACAUUCAAGAAAACAGGUUGGCUCAUGGGAAUUCUAAUGAUCUUCUCCGUGGGGUUUCUCACUUACCAUUGUAUGAUGCUUCUUGUCUACACUCGCCGCCGGCUUGAAACCCAUCUCAAAUUUGCAAAGAUCUCUUCUUUUGGUGAUCUGGGAUUUGCAGUAUGCGGCCCCGUCGGCCGAUUUGCUGUUGAUGCCAUGAUUUUACUGUCCCAAGCUGGUUUUUGCGUUAGUUAUACCAUUUUCGUAGCUAACACUUUGGCUUUUAUUUUGAAUCAUUCUUCUUCUGCAAAUCCGAACCCUAGAAUCUUGGGCUUUUCCCCCAAGGUUUUUUACAUCUGGGGCUGUUUUCCAUUCCAACUGGGAUUGAAUUCAAUCCCAACACUGACCCAUCUGGCCCCUUUGAGUAUUUUUGCUGAUGUUGUUGAUAUUGGAGCCAUGGGGGUUGUAAUGGUUGAAGAUGUACUGAUAUAUCUUAAGAACAGGCCUGUAUUGGAAGCAUUUGGUGGGUUCAAUACGUUCUUCUAUGGCUUAGGUGUAGCUGUGUACGCAUUUGAAGGAAUUGGAAUGGUUUUGCCAUUGGAAGCAGAGACCAAAGACAAGAACUCAUUUGGAAAAGUGUUGGGCCUUUCCAUGGCUGUUAUUUCUUUAAUGUUUGGAGUAUUUGGAGCGUUGGGUUACUUUGCAUUUGGUGAGGAAACCAAAGACAUAAUCACUACAAAUCUUGGGCAAGGCCUAGUGAGCAGCCUGGUUCAAUUAGGUCUCUGUAUAAACCUUUUCUUUACAUUUCCACUGAUGAUGAAUCCAGUGUAUGAAGUAAUUGAAAGAAGAUUCUGGGAAGGCAGGUACUGCUUGUGGCUGAGAUGGGUUAUGGUUUUUGUGGUGAGUUUAGUGGCAUUACUGGUUCCAAACUUUGCUGAUUUCUUGUCUCUUGUUGGGAGCAGUGUGUGUGUUGUUUUGGGAUUUGUGUUGCCUGCUUUGUUUCAUCUGUUGGUGUUCAAGGAAGAAGCUAUGCGUUGGCAUGUAAUGGCUGUGGAUGUGGCACUCAUAGUUUUUGGUUUAGUUUUUGCUGUCUAUGGAACUUGCUCUUCCUUGGUAGAGAUUUUAGUGGUAAAGGAUUAA